UGUGAAUAGCGUUACCCCAUUUUCCAGCUGUCCCUCAGUCGGUCGGGAUUUCUGGACCACGGGAAAACCGCUGGGAAGGGUUUUAGUUAUAAACCAUCCCAUUUCGGAAAAAGGUUUUCCAUUUCAUGGUUACACAACCCCACGGAAAGCAAUUUUAACCGGUACUUCAUUAUGGAAGCCGAACUAUGAGGUGUUGUGUAGUUAUAGAAGACUGAGUGUACCAUGGCGCAGUUCUCCACCACAUUCACAGGUCCAGAUGUGUUUCAGAUCUCUGUGGAUGAGAGAGCCAAACAUGAUCAGCAGUUUCACAGCCUGUCUCCGACCGCUGGAGGUUACAUAACAGGUGACCAGGCCAGGAACUUUUUCCUUCUGUCAGGGCUGCCCCCACCCAUUCUCGCCCAAAUAUGGGCUCUGGCUGAUAUGAAUGGUGACGGUCGUAUGGACAUACACGAGUUCUCCAUCGCCAUGAAACUCAUCAAGCUGAAACUUCAAGGUCACCCUCUGCCUUUUUCACUUCCCCCCAGUUUGAAACAACUUCCACCACCUUUAGCGCCCCAGACCAGCUUUGGAAUGCCUUCUUUGCCACCUAUGGCCCCCAUACCAGCUCCCAUCUCAGCUCCCCUGCCGGUUGUGCCCCCCCUCCCCCUGCCCCCCAUUCCGGUUGGAGUGUCUCCCCCUCUCGUCUCAUCUGUACCUCCUCCCCUUCCUCAGCCUGUUGUCAAUGGAGCUCCUCCCUCCGCCAUGAUACCGCCCAUCUCGGGCUUCCCUCACCCAGCUGCUCCCGUGAACAAAACCUCUUCAUUUAAUCGUUCCAGCACCAAGCCGCAGAAAGGGUGGUUCCUCAGUCCUCCAGGCUCAAGUACAGACAGCUUUUUAACUCCCAUGACAAGAUGAUGAGUGGAUAUCUCACUGGACCCCAGGCUCGCACUAUCCUGAUGCAGUCCAGUCUUCCUCAGAGUCAGCUGGCCACAAUAUGGGGUCUGUCUGACAUCGACCAGGAUGGAAAGCUAACAGCUGAGGAGUUCAUCUUGGCUAUGCACCUCAUAGAUAUGGCUAUGUCAGGGUUACCUCUUCCUCCAGUGUUGCCACCAGAUUACCUCCCACCAACUUUCAGGCGUGUACGAAGCGACAGUGUUCAGUCGGACCAGAAGAGUGUUCAGGAGGAACCGGAAGAGGAGACGGAGAGCAGCCAGGAGAAGAAAUUACCGGUGACGUUUGAGGAUAAAAAGAGGGAGAACUUUGAGCGAGGGAACCUGGAAUUGGAGAAGAGACGUCAGGCUCUUCAGGAGCAGCAGAGGAAAGAGCAGGAACGGCUGGCUGCUCUAGAACGAGAAGAACAGGAGAGAAAGGAGCGCGAGCGGCUGGAGCAAGAGCGGAGGCGACAGCAGGAACUAGAGAAGCAACUGGAGAAACAGAGAGAGCUAGAGAGGCAAAGAGAAGAGGAGCGGCGCAAGGAGAUAGAAAGGAGGGAGGCCGCUAAAAGGGAAUUAGAGCGCCAGCGUCAGCUGGAGUGGGAGAGGCAGCGUCGCCAGGAGCUUCUGACGCAAAGAAACAGAGAACAAGAAAGUAUCGUCCUGCUCAAAGCCAGGAAGAAGACUCUGGAGUUUGAACUGGAGGCUCUGAAUGAUAAGAAGAACCAGUUGGAGGGUAAACUGAAAGAUGUUCGUUUUCGUCUGUCGGCUCAGCGGAGGGAGAUGGAGCAGACCAAUCAGACCAGAGAAACGCGCAUCGCUGAAAUCACACAGCUACAGCAGCAGCUGCAGGAGUCGCAGCAGUGGCUGGGGAGGCUGAUCCCUGAUAAACAGUGUCUGAACGACCAGUUGAAACAGGUUCAGCAGAGCAGUCUGCAUCGGGACAGUCUAUCAUCUCUACAGAAAGCCGUUGAGCAGAAAGAGAGCAGCAGAGAGCAGCUGAAAGAGCAGCUUGAUGCUGUGGAGAGAGAGACCAGAGCUAAACUGCUGGAAAUAGAUGCGUUCAACACACAGCUGAAGUCUCUGUGUGAGUUCUAUGCCAACCACUGUGCCAGGAUAGAAGCCCUGCAACGCCAGCUUCAGGAGGAAGAGAAAGGGAGACAGGAGUUGCGGGAGAUCCACACCCGCCAGCAGAGGCUGAAACAGAAGGAGCUAGAGGGAGACACACACAUACAGACACACACACUCCCUCACAUGCAAACGCACAGUGAGAGAAAGUCUGCUGAACUGCAGGAGGGCGGGCUGUCUUCACAUGAAGCAGGAAGUUCAGCAGCUAAAGCCCCCAGCCCCGCCUCCGUCUCAGCAUCGCACGCCUGGCUGAACAGAGUUACUCAGGAGGAGGAGGAGAGGAAGAGGAGAGGGAUGGAGGAGAAGGAGGAGGGGAGGAAGGGAGUCGGGUCUCUAGAAGAGGAGGACGAGAACAGAGGCAAGAAGGACAUGCAGGAGAAACUGAACAAGCUGUUCAGUCAGCCAGCUGAUCCUUGGGCCUCGGCAGCGGAGAAAGCUCCAGGCUCCAGUGUGUUUGAGCAGAAAGCAUCGAGCAGCGGCUUCGACCAGCAGCAGCAGCAGCCAGUGAAGGUGGUCUACUACAGGGCUCUGUAUCCAUUUGAUGCUCGCAGCCACGAUGAGAUCAGUAUCCAGCCUGGAGAUGUCAUCAUGGUGAAGGGGGAGUGGGUGGAUGAGUCACAAACGGGUGAGCCUGGGUGGCUCGGGGGUGAGCUCAGAGGCAGGACCGGUUGGUUUCCAGCUAAUUAUGCAGAGCGUAUACCCGACAGCGAAGCCCCAAUCAGCCUCCGCUCCACUUCCUCAACCACACCCACUUCAGCCCAGCAGCCCAUGACCACGCCCCCUCCGGCUCCUGGACACACCUCCUCAUCCACAUCAUCUGGCAACAGUAACUGGGCAGACUUCAGCACCACAUGGCCCUCAAACACAACAAGCCAAUCAGACAGUGAAGGGUGGGACGCUUGGCCAACUUCUUCAGCCAAUCAGAAUCCAUCUCUCAGUGUUCCAUCUGCACAGCUACGACAACGCUCCGCCUUCACACCUGCAACUAUGACAACAGGCUCCUCCCCCUCUCCUGUACUAGGACAGGGAGAGAAGGUGGAAGGGCUCCAGGCUCAGGCUUUGUACCCCUGGAGAGCAAAGAAGGACAACCAUCUUAACUUCAACAAAAACGAGAUAAUAACAGUGUUGGAGCAGCAGGACAUGUGGUGGUUGGGAGAACUUCAGAAUGGACAACGAGGCUGGUUCCCCAAAAGUUACGUCAAACUCAUCUCGGCCAACGUGACCGUUCCCCCCAGCACUGUAGCUCGAAAUAAAAACACAAGUGAAUCUGGAAUGUCAGAAAGCCCACCCAAUGGAAAACGUCCCUCAUCUUCUCCGACAAAAUCCUCCGACACCGGAGAAGAAUAUGUGGCCAUGUACACCUAUGAGAGCACAGAACAGGGAGACCUGAGCUUCCAGCAAGGAGACAUCGUCAUGGUGACCAGGAAGGAAGGAGACUGGUGGACAGGCACGGUCGGAGGAAAGACUGGAGUCUUUCCGUCCAACUAUGUUAAGCCACGCGAUUCAUCAAUAGAAUCACUGGGACCAGCAGGGAAGACCGGCAGUCUGGGGAAGAAACCAGAGAUCGCUCAGGUGAUUGCAGCCUACACGGCAACAGGAGCAGAGCAGCUGACGCUAGCUCCAGGACAGCUCAUCCUCAUCAGGAAAAAGAACCCCGGGGGCUGGUGGGAGGGCGAGCUCCAGGCUCGAGGGAAAAAGCGCCAGAUUGGUUGGUUUCCAGCCAAUUAUGUGAAGCUUCUGAGUCCAAGCACCAGCAAAACCACACCAACAGAACCAACUCCUCCCAAACUGGCUCCUGCCAGCACAGGUCUGUGUCAGGUGAUCGGCAUGUACGACUACGUGGCCCAGAACGACGACGAGCUGGCCUUCCAGAAGGGUCAGGUGAUCACAGUGCUCAACAAGGAUGACUGUGAUUGGUGGAAAGGAGAGCUGAAUGGGAGAGAGGGCCUGUUUCCUAGCAACUACGUCAAGCUGACCACAGACACUGAUCCGAGCACACAGUGGUGUGCCGACCUCCACCUGCUGGACAUGCUGAGUCCGAUGGAGAGGAAGAGGCAGGGCUACAUCCACGAGCUGAUUGUCACAGAGGAGAACUAUGUCAACGACCUGCAGCUCGUCACCGAGAUCUUUCACAAGCCUCUGCUGGAGUGUGAGCUGCUCACAGAGAAGGAGGUGGCCAUGAUCUUUGUCAACUGGAAGGAGCUCAUUAUGUGCAACAUCAAACUGCUAAAGGCUCUUCGGGUGAGGAAGAAGAUGUCCGGUGAUCGGAUGCCUGUGAAGAUGAUAGGUGACAUCCUGACCAACCAGCUUCCCCACAUGCAGCCAUACAUCAGAUUCUGUUCGUGUCAGCUGAACGGAGCCACGCUGAUCCAGCAGAAAACCGACGACAACCCUGAGAUCAAAGACUUCCUGAAGAGGUUGGCCAUGGAUCCCAGGUGCAAGGGGAUGCCUCUGUCUAGUUUCCUCCUCAAACCCAUGCAAAGAGUCACACGCUACCCUCUCAUCAUCAAAAACAUCUUGGAAAACACUCCAGAGUCUCACCCAGAUCACAGCCACCUGAAAGCUGCUCUGGAGAAAGCUGAGGAGCUCUGCUCACAGGUGAAUGAAGGCGUCAGAGAAAAGGAGAACUCUGAUCGUCUGGAGUGGAUUCAGGCUCAUGUGCAGUGUGAGGGACUCUCAGAGCAACUGGUGUUUAACUCGGUCACCAACUGUCUGGGACCCAGGAAGUUCCUCCACAGUGGGAAACUGUUCAAAGCAAAAAGCAGCAAGGAGCUUUAUGGCUUCCUGUUCAACGACUUCCUGCUACUGACACAGGUCACCAAACCUCUGGGGUCAUCAGGAUCAGACAAAGUCUUCUCCUCAAAAACACACCUGCAGUAUCGCAUGUACAAAACGCCAAUCUUCCUGAAUGAAGUGUUAGUGAAACUGCCAACGGACCCUUCAGGAGACGAGCCUCUGUUCCACAUCUCUCACAUAGACCGGGUUUACACCCUCAGAGCCGAAAGCAUCAAUGAAAGGACGGCGUGGGUUCAGAAGAUCAAGGCAGCUUCAGAGCUCUUCAUUGAGACGGAGAAGAAGAAGAGGGAGAAGGCGUAUUUAGUGCGUUCUCAGAGGGCGACGGGUAUCGGUCGACUGAUGGUCAACAUCGUAGAGGGGAUCGAGCUCAAACCCUGCCGCUCUCACGGAAAAAGUAACCCGUACUGUGAGGUGACGAUGGGUUCUCAGUGCCAUAUCACUAAAACGUUACAGGACACAUUGAAUCCCAAGUGGAAUUCCAACUGUCAGUUUUUUAUAAAGGACCUUGAGCAGGACGUCCUCUGCAUCACUGUGUUUGAGCGAGACCAGUUCUCUCCUGAUGAUUUCCUCGGCAGGACUGAGAUCCGGUUGGCUGAAAUUAAAAAAGACCAGGGCUCAAAAGGACCAAUCACAAAGAGGCUGCUGCUCCACGAGGUCCCCACAGGGGAGAUCGUUGUUAGGCUGGACCUCCAGCUGUUUGAGGAACCGUGAACCCCGAAAACUGGAUUGGGCCAAAAAAGGGAUCAGAGAUGGGUACUGGACUCCGCAGCUGGACUGGAACAGACCAGACUGGAGACCUGCUUUGGUCUGGAGCUUUUCAAGUAGAAUGUUUAUAUUAUUCCUCAUAAUAAUAGAUAGUUGCUGAAAGGUGUCCCUGUCUAGAAAUGUGGCGUGUUUGACUCCACGAUUCUGUCAUUUCCCCAAACUCUCAUUCACUAUCUAGCAUAUCGGGCUAUCCAGAUUAACUCAUCUGCACCAUGAUGGAAAUGGAUCCAUCUAGAAAUCAAACCUAGACCAGUUUCCAGCCCAAUUGUGUCCAGUCUAUUCUGCUCGUGUCCUCCUUCCGUGUGGUCCAAAGCUGAACAUCAGAUGGGUUUUUCCUGUUUCCUCCUGCUGCUUCAGCCAGUCUGUCCUACAGACGCUCUGGUGACAAUCCCUUUGUCAUCUAAACAAACUGCUGUGUGUAUCCGUGCGCAUGUGUGUGUGUGUGUGUGUGUGCGCGCGUAAGGUGGACAGGCAACGUAAAGCGCAAGUUUAGUCUACAUUUUUUAUGCCGCAUCCUACAGACCUUUCCAAGCUACAGAACAUAAAGGGACAUUCAGAGGGUUGUUUUUUAUUGUCUGCUGAACACUUGCCACAGGAUCCUAGGAAAGGGUAAAUAUGUACAGUUGUAUUGAGAAAUACUAACAGUGCUAAUAAGCUAAAGUAUAGACAGAUUUUUACUCCAUACAUGACAAGUGUCCAGUGUAGACUACAGACUACGGUCAUGAUGAGGUACCAGUUAAAGUUACAGUGGGUACAGUGAACAAGUUCAAAGCUGAAUUAAAUCAAAGUACUGGGAGGAAGAAUUUCUUAACUCGUUUUUUUAAUGCUUGGGACCAAUAUUGGUCAUAGAUUUAGAUCCUUUCAGUCACACAUCUCAAGCUGUCCUAGUGGUCGUCUCUAUGCAACAAGGGAACAUGCUUCUUUAAAGCGGAAGAAGCUCGUUGGUACUCCCUGGAGAAAAAAUGUGUUUCUUUAAGCCAUCAAAGAGACCAUUUUGAGUAAUCAGUGUAGGAAAUAUUGCCUGGAACAACACAAAUAUUUGAAGGCAAGUCUGUUUCAUUUUAGCAUAAUUGUCUCUGCCUAUACCUUGAUACACAUUUAUUGUAGCUGCUCUUAGUUGCUUCCUGCCUCAUGAUCUCAACAGACAUUAGCUGAAAUAGUCUUGAACUAAUGAGCUAUAGUCCGACUACUAUCAAUCUUUUAUUUGCUUUUUAAAUAAAAACAAAUCACUCUCUCCUCUUGAUGAUAUCUGAAGCUUCAAAUCUGAAGCCUCUGCUUCCAGGAGUCUCCAGAUAAAUUAUCAUCCCUAAAUGGAUCAUUUAAAAAUAUAAAUAUGUUUUUCAUUAUUAAUAUUGUGAAAGAUUUGCUUUUCCUCCAUUUUGCUUUAUUUCAGCUACAGCUGGAUGUAUUUGUGCGACAGCUGCAGAUACAUUUAUUAUCUAAUAAAAACGUAGAUUAAAAAAGUCCAUUUUAACAACACAAAACAUUUCUGAUCAUUUGGAAGUUUUUUUCUGUGUAAAAGUUAUAAAUGAUUGCUAUCUUACUUGUUGCAGACAGCUUUUUUAACAUCCUUCAGGAUUGAUGGGCCAACUGCUCGUCAGAGUAACCCAGACGUUUCUUAGCAUCUUAAACGGCUCCAAUCUGCUAAAUUUCAGUGUUUGGUAUAGCGAUGAUUUAUAAACCUAUAAUAUAUAAAUAAUAUAUAAAAUGAUGCUUGCAGAAAGUCGUGAAAAAUCCCCGAUUGUAGCUGUUUUAAGAUGGCACCAACGCACUUUGACCUUGGCUGUAGUCCAACUAGCCAUUAGCUUGGACUAGCCUUUAGCUAACUCUAACCUCUAGUUCAGACUAGCCAUUAGUUUUUAAUCAUCUGUUAGCUUGGAUUGGUUUUUUGCUUGAACUAGCCAUUAGCUUGUUUUGGCUGUUAGCUUAGGCUAGCCCAUAGUUUGGACCAGCCUUUAGCCCAGAUAUGCUGUUACCUUGGACUAGCCGAUAGUUUGGAACAGCCAUUAGCUUGGAUUGGUCAUUAACUUGGACUAGCCAUUAGCUUUUAGCAGCUGUUAACACAUUAGUCUUAAAGAACAAAAAGAGUCUACAACAGUAAACAACAGCUAGCAAGUAUGUAUAGUUUUUUUUUUACAAAGAAAUACAUUUUAAAAGUGGCAGUAAAAUCUCCUCAACCUCUGACAUAUGGUUAAAAGUUACCGGACCACAAUUGUUUUAAAGUAUUUUCAGUCUAGUUUGAACUGCUUUCAGCAAUGCAUGUAUUUAGUGUACCUAUGGUUUGUUCUUCUCUGUUUUUGGGGUCUCUUUGCCUUGUUAGAUUCAAACAACAAAUGAGUGAGGCACUGUGCAAAGUGCCAAACAGCUAGUCUUUGGCUAAGUUCUUUAUUUUUUUGUUUGUUUUAGGAAAAACAGACAAAAUCUAACUUCAACUGUUAGCCAAGUGUUUGUUUUCUUAUUAAGGGAUUUUUUUAAAAAUCUGCCACAGUGAAGGUUAAAUUUAACAAAGAAAAUUGGCUGGCCAUCUCACGGGCUAAGUGUUUAUUGUCAUUUAACAAAUGCCUCCAGUGUUUGAGAUUAGAUGGUUUGUUAAACGAUGAGGGUGUUUAAAAUUAUGGUGCCUUUACAUGAACUUGCUAGCACAUCAUUAAAUGAAAUAACUCCUUCCACAAAACACUCCAUUUUAUUCACCGAUUAGCAUAUCAUCUACUUGAUUUUCCAGGUUUAAAACCAACUCAGGAGUUACUUUGCAGGCAGUGAUAAUUUUCCUCUUAGUCUUAACUACCUGAUUAUUCAAAAUGGCGGCUGUGCUAGCCAAUGGGACGGACAACAGCCAGGUUGUGGAUGUGUUAGGUAACUAUCUACUUUUCUAGAUUAUCUACUUAGUACUUUUAAUUUAUUGCCAUGGUUACAGUAAAGAAAUGUUUGUGACCAGCCACUGUCCAAUCAGCAGCUUGACUGUGUGGAGGAAUGUGUGAACAGAUGUUUGUUGAUGAUGGUGUUAGGUUAACCCUCUGCUCCUUUCUCCAUGCUGUACUGAAACUAACCCAGUCCAGUUAAAGUUCCUUCGUACUGUCUACCUUCCAGGUUGUGUAUAUUACUGCUGUUAUCUGAGAGUUAAUAUAUGAGCACUGCGGGAGCGACGGCGACAGCCUGCUGUUAAUUAUCACUGUAGAAAAUAAUGUUUCAUUGUUGUCUUUCAAUGUUCAAAAUAAAACUUGCUUGGACCAAGACUGGA